GUGUGGAAAAAAAUGUAAACAUGGAAUCUGAAGAAUUUCCACAAACUUCAGACAUGUCAGACACGAAUUCCUCGUCAAUUCUAUCUUUACCACCUGAACUGUUAACCGAGAUAUUGUCAUACCUAUCUGGAGGAGAAAUUUCAGUCGCAUCUGCGGUCUGUCGACGGUUUUAUGAGGGUUGUAAUGAGGACUAUGUUUGGAAAAUUCGUUGUAGGAAUGAAUUUAGCAUAUCUGACAUAUCUGGUUGGAACUGUUCUUACAGAGAGAUCUACACAAAAGUUCUAUAUCACUAUGGCUGGAUGGUAGGAUUAUGGCAGCCAGACAGAGGUUGCUAUGGAGGACUGAUCUGUGUCAAGAUAAACAAUGCCGCUGGUCGCCUUGAAGCCUGGAGUUACUAUCCAUCACAACCCGCCAAUGUGAAGCUGGCUCUGAGAUCAAAGCUCUUGUUUACUGUCUGGAUCUGUAAUGGGGAGACACACGCACAGUGCAGGACUGGCAUUGGGGGAGAGGUUGCUAAGCAACACCCAAUUGUGUUGACAAAGAAUGCAAAUAAGGAUCUCUGUAUCAAGUGUCAGUCACCAGAAAAGCACCAGACGUCAGGUGAUCACGAUCUGAGAUUCUGGACAUGGCUGAGUGAAGAGUACGGGUUCGAGGAGAGAAACGUUGGUGUCUUUGAUCAACACCUUUAUAUUAGGAAAUAUAAUACAUUCACUGAAUUCGAGUGUGAAUAUAGUUGCAAGAGGAUUCUGCAUCCGCGUUCAACCCCAGGUGUAGUAGUGCAGCCAGGGUUCUUCAAGGGCGACUAUUCUGCCCAUGGGGUAGAGAUUAUUAAACUUGGAUAUACAGACGAUUUAAAGCAGUUGGAAUUGUUGAAAAUUACGGGAGAUCCCAACAUUCCAGCAGGCUGCAUCACAAUGAAGGCCGACUUGCUGUGUCCGAUGGUUUUAACGUUAACUCAGCAGGAAGAACUUGAAACUUUGAGCGAGAUUGACUUGCCUGACCCUGACCCGGAUAUGCAAUUAGGACAGUUGCCAUCUCAGCCGUUUAGGAUUCCAAAUGGCUGCUCCAGAGAGGGAAGCAAUCUAGUCCCUGAGAGCUGUAAAUGGAGAUUUAGUUCAAGAGGACAAGUGGCUUAUGAUAAUUACACCAGGCCGACUUUCAUUUCGGGACAUUUUGUCGUCUUCGACGAGGACACUUUGGGAUUUCUCUGGAUCGACCUUGAGGCAUUCUGUUUGCUCAAGCGAUGCACAGAGACAGAUUUAGCAUGCUUAUGAUGCUACUUGAAAUAAUUCCGGACAUUUUCUUGGCAUUUUCCUGCUUUGUUCAGCAUUAAGUUUACACCGUGCAAACUUCUUGGAGGUUGAGUCACUGAGGCCAGGUGGCGACUGUUGGCUUCUGUAUGUAAAAGUAUACUCGGCAAUUUUGCACCGUGAUCAUGACAGAGUCUUGUAGCGUAAAAAAACAAGCGUGGCAUAGCCCACUGUCAGCACCUGCAGCCAGUCUUAGCUUUGCUCUGCUGAUUAUUUGAUCAUGUUGACAAAAGACUGUUCACUAUUGUGAAAAACCUUUAGUGAUAUUUUGGGUAUCAAGGCUCUUAUGUGAUAGUUUUUAGUGCUUCAUAGGGAAUGUCCUACAUAAAUGUGCAAUUUGUAUAAUAUAAUACAAUAUUAAUAUUCAUACAAUGAAUGAAUAUUAUAUUCAUAUCAAUCAGCACUGUAUCUCAUCUUUUCUUUAUUGG